AUGGCUCAAAAGUUCAACGAAAUUAAGCAGCAAUUAGAUGUAGCUUUGCGCGAUAAUUCUAAACCCUGGACCCCUAUUCUAUCAGCUGCGGAACAAAAAACUGGCCUAGAUAGGGUUUAUCUAGCUUUAGGAGCUGCAGCGUUCUUGGGCAUUUGGCUAGUGUUCGGAUAUUUUGCUCAACUAAUCUGCAACUCAUUAGGUUUCCUGUAUCCGGCCUACGUUUCGAUAAAGGCGAUCGAAUCGAAAGAAAAAGAUGAUGAUACAAAAUGGUUGACUUAUUGGGUUGUUUUCUCCUUAUUUUCCGUCACCGAAUACUUUGUAGAUAUUAUUGUCAGGUGGUUCCCUCUAUACUGGCUGAUAAAGUGCAUUUUUAUGGUAUGGCUUAUGCUUCCUGGAGAUGUCAAUGGCUCAGUAAUCCUCUACCGUAGAGUAAUCAAGCCUUACUUCUUGAAACACCAAGGUGAAAUCGACGGAGUCGUUAACAAAGUAAAGAAUACAGUUAAAGAUACAGUUAACAAAGUGUCAGAAAAAGCAGAGUGA